AUGCACGUGUUGGUGAAUCGCCGGCCGUACCGGCAUUUUCAUUCAACCUUUUGACGCAGACGGGGCCCUCUAGGACCUUGUGCGAUAGUGCAAGCAUGGAGGUGGAAAUAGAUGGUGCAUGUAAAUAGAAUGUAGUGAGUCACUGUUAAGUGUUUGAGGUGACCUCUUUGUUGUUUAGCAGUAACAUAAUGAGCUCAUCGUCGACUUGAAAGCGAAAUGAUUUGCAGAUUGCUUGUUUUGAGUGAACGCGGGAAUCGAUCAAUUUUUUUUUACAUGUUGUUGAAGGGAUAAUUCAGGAGAAUUCAGAUGAAUAUCGUACUGCGCAUGACUGAUAUGUAGCAUAUAGUUGCUAAUUUUGUUCGUCAUUGGCCAUCAUCAUCUUCCACAUCUUUCAAAAGUACAACCCAGAGAAAAUCACACCACAGCUUUCAGAAUGGCCAACAUGCCAGAGUCCACGCCAUCAGGGGUGUUUUCUGUCGUCGACUAUGCGGUGUUUUCUGCCAUCCUUCUGGUCUCCGCGGUGAUCGGUCUCUAUCACGCCUGUACCGGGGGACACCAGCGGACGACCCAGGAGAUCUUCGUUGGGGACCGCCAGAUGAAGUUCCUCCCCGUCGGCUUCUCCCUCCUCGCCAGCUGGAUGUCAGCAGUGACUUUGCUUGGCACACCAUCUGAGUGCUACAGCCAUGGCACCAUGUUCUGGCUCAUCAGCGGCUCAUACAUAUUCGUGACCUUGAUCGCUGCCCACUUGUAUAUUCCUGUGUUUUACAGGCUUGGCCUAACCAGCGUGUAUGAGUACCUCCAGCUUCGUUUCUCCCAUGCAGCCAAGCUGAUUGGUGCUCUUGCUUUCAUAUUCCACAUGAUAGUGUACAUGUCUGUUGUCUUAUAUGCACCUGCUCUUGCAAUAAACGCUGUGACUGGGUUCAGUAUCUGGAAGUCCAUUCUAACAGUAGGCCUUGUCUGCAUUUUCUACACAACACUGGGUGGCAUCAAAGCCGUGGUCUGGACAGAUGUUUUCCAGACCCUGGUGAUGUUUGCUGGGCUCUUGGCCGUCAUUAUCCAGGGAAGCAUUGUCUUUGGUGGCUUCCAGAACAUAUGGCAAAUCAACCAGGAAGGUGGCCGCAUUGUUUUCAAUGAGUUUGGCUUUGAUCCAACCAUUCGUCACUCCCUCUGGUCUCUUGUGAUUGGUGGCACCUUCACUUUUCUUGGCAACUAUGGCUGCAAUCAGCUGUCGGUCCAGCGUUACCUGAGCUGCCCAUCGGAACGAGAUGCUAAGAGGGUCUUGUACGUGAAUUGUCCACUGCUCUUCAUCAUCCUUUCCCUGACCAUGAUGUGUGGCUUGGUCAUGUACGCCAUGUACGGUAAAUGCGAUCCCAUCCUUGCCGAGUACAUCGGAAGAGCAGACCAGCUGUUACCAUACUAUGUGGUCAAUGAGUUGGGUUUCUUCUCUGGUCUAGCCGGCCUGUUCAUUGGUUGCAUCUUCAGUGGUUCUCUCAGUACUGUAUCGUCAGGUAUGAACUCCCUCGCUGCUGUCACCCUCGAAGAUGUCCUCCCUAAGAAGCGAUUUUCAGAGAAGACAGCCGCCCUUGUCUCUAAGUUCCUUGCUUGCACCUACGGUCUGCUGUGCGUGGGCCUGGCCUACCUGGCCGGUUACAUGGGCCCAGUGCUGGAGGUGGCACUGAAGCUGAUGGGCAUCAUCGGCGGGCCGCUGCUUGGUCUCUUCACGUUGGGCCUCUUCUUCCCCUGCGCCAAUAACAAGGGUGCACUUGUAGGCGUAUUCACAAGUUUUGCCAUUUCAACGUGGAUUGCCAUCGGUGCUUUUCUCUACCCGACCCCACGACCCGGGCUGCUGACGACUCUAGAUGAUUGCGUCUUGUCGAACGUCACGUACACCGCAUUCCCUGAUGACAACUCCACCUACAUGGAAGGCACCAGCUUAAGCAGCUUGUUAUCCUCCACUGCAGAAGCACCCAAAGCCACAACUCAUCCAGUGCUGGCCAGCUUGUACAGCGUCUCCUACCUGUGGUACAGUGUCAUUAGCAUGCUGGCAGUUCUGAUUGUCGGCUUGAUCACCAGUCUCAUCACAGGCGGCAAUAAAGAUGUUGACCCAUCUCUGCUGAGUCCUGUUGUUAACUGCCUCUGUUCAUGUAGUUUUCGGCGAUCUGGUCACAAGCUGCAACGCUUGGAGGACUUGGACAUGAUGGAUGUAGAUACUGGUAGCUACUGGAAGAGGACACCAGUGAACAUGGAUACUCAUCUCUGACCUCAGAGUGGGUAAAAUGUCAGAGCUUUACCAAAGUUGGUAUUUUGUAUGUUGACCAGAGGAUCUGAAUUAUGCGAAACAUUUGUUGUGGACAGCAAGCUCUUGAAAUAACAUCCUCUGGUUGUGUGGUCAAAUGCCAUCUGAAAUUAGCACCUCAACUCAGCAUGUCGUUAGCCCGUGGCUUAAUGUUACCGCAAGACAGAGCACCGAUUUUUCAUGGCUUUUUAAUUGGAAUCAUAUGCUGAGUUUGCAAAGUGGGUCGAUUUGGCCUACUUGACAUCAAAUUUUAAGCCCUGGGUCACACGACCUUGAAAGGAAAUGAGCAAUUCAUCAACCUGACAGGAGACAGCGUGAGGGGAAAUCAGGGUUUGGGUAAAAAACACCAAAACCAUUCCCCUAAACUUUCAGUUGUGAGUUACCAAUUUAUACAGGGUAUCUUUCACCCUCAUAUGCCAGGGCAAUUGUUACCAUGUUGUUGAAACAUGGCUUAUAGAGUUCUAUUUUACUUAUAUUUAUGGCACCUUGCUUUGCACUGCCCACAAAGUAGCUGUAACACAGCAUAUUCAUUAUCGAUGUCAGUCAUUUUGCUUUUUUGGGAGUUGUAAUAUUUUAUUAUUACUUUUUGCGUGGUGUUUACUUUGGUAUAUGCACUAGAUAAAUGUAACUAUUAAUUCACUGACAUUAUACAAUUAUUUCAUGGUUUGAGGGUGGAGUCAGCUUUUAGCUCUCUAAGGUUCUUGUUUGUCACCUUCCAGUACUGUGGGAGAUGUCAAAUUGACUAUCUGUCCAAAGUAAACGAUGCUAUACUUGUUUUAGCAUACCUCAGACACACUCUGCUGUCAUUGAAAUAUCAGGGGCCGUGAUCUGUUUAUGUUUGGUGUGCAUGUAGUGUAGCUAGAGUGAUGCUCACGUGUCUAUACUUCACAGGUUCACUGAGCUAUUCCCGGGAACAGUUCGGAUCACUGGCAUAUUUGACUAAUGUGGCGAUCCCUGUUUCUGUGUCUGACAGUGACUAGCACCUGAUAGUGAAUGGACCAGUGAGGGUUGGGCUCACAAUCAUGAAUAUUUAUGUGGUACAAUCAUUGAAUUUAUUUUUUCAGUGUUGCUGCUCUGCAAAACAUGGCCUCUGAAAUAGUAUUGCCGUAGUAUUUCUUAUUUUGUGGUCAGGGUAUUUGGUCCUGGUUUUGUCUUGAUUUUAACCAGUCAAGCAUUUAUAUUUGGAGGCAGUGGGCAUAUUUGUGUAUAGUAUACAUGCAGUAUAGAGUGUGUUAUGUGCCAGUAAAGCCUGUCUGGCCGACAUUUAUCUCUGGCACCAGUUGUAUGAGAUGAUGGUACUUUUCUGGAAUAGACCGAUCCAGUAAGCCAUAGCCACCUUAGCUAGGGCUAACAAGUGCGUGCCUGGCACGUGUACAGCUCGUGUGUAUUGUUUCCAAGUGUAACAUGAUAUGCAUGCAUAGUGUACAUACAGUACAUAUAAUGCAUGACAAAAAUGUUACUCCAGUAAAGGACAUGGCAUAGAGCAGUUACAUCUCACCAAUUUCAAGUCUGUCUCCCUUGAAAGGGGGGUUGAUUUGGAUUGCUUUCAAGGUGUCAAAUUAAUCAAAGGGUCAAAAGAAAUGGGAUAUUUGUUUUUUGUUCAGGGUCACGGUUGUGUUCAUGGGAUUCACUUUGCAAAGAUGAAGUAGAAGUUAUUGCAAGAAAUUUCUGUUCCUUGCAAAAAAGCCUUCCGGUGCACACUAUCAGUAGCUGUGGGUAGUACCACCUUAGAACACACAAAUGAGUGCCUUGUCAUGUUCAGGUCCAGAUGACUGUCGGGUCCUGGAGGCCGGCCACACACCAGCAGCAAACAAAUACACUUUUCUCUAUUCAUCUUUAGCUUGGGAAAUGGCCAAAAUAAUACCUUUCCACAUUUCUCAAGGUACCAAGAUUCGGAUCUACAGUUCAUAUAGGAACACUGUUGACCAUAACUAUGGUAAAAACCAGAUUGAUUACAACACAAGUGCAAAAACGAAACAAACCCAAAAUCUUCAAAAACUGUGCGGUAAACAAUAUCAAAGUAAAUAAAGUUCGUCAGACAAAAUCCUGUCUACUUGUCAGAUCUAAAAUCAUGCCCUAUGAUUGGUCAAUUUUUUCAGGGGCGUGGCUUACUGGAUUGAUGUAUUCUAGUCCAUUGCAGGUUACUCCCCACCUAGUUCCUGGGUGCAGAGAGGCAAGUGGGGUUAAUUGGCUUGCCCAAGGGCACAAUAGAUGGCCAGCAUGAUGAUGUGAACCCGUGAGGUUGUGGUCAUGAGAACCACAGGAUCACCUACACUUUCCUGUAGUAGUGGGGACAUGUACACAUUAUUUCACCCGUUUUGUGAGGACCGAGAGUGUUGCGGGUACAAAGAAAUGUCCCCACAGCUUUGUCCCAAUUUGCCCAACUAUUUUGCCCAAUUAAGAGGAAAGGCAGUGUAAGCCUGCCAACCCCCUCCACUUAAUGUGCACUAUUAAUGCACGCUUUUAAUAUUUUGAAAGACUUUUUGAAGGCCACACAGAGAUUGCACUGCUAGGUAAAACUACUUUAUUUUGUGAAUUUUAUUGUAUUUCAGGCUUUUAGUAAAGUGGUUUUUGGAUGAGGAUGGGACAGUGCAAGAGAACUUGUUUUCUGUGAAGACAAUUUGCAGAACUUUUGUGUACAUUUGGUUCAAAGAUGGUAAUGAAAUGGCAUGAUAUACACUGCGUUAUGUGGAAUAUGGAUUGGAUGUGCACCUGGUUGACAAGUAUUCAUUUUAAAUACAGGAAUGAUGCUCUGAAAGCACGAUGGAAAUAGCAUUCAGUUACUUCAUUCAAAAAGAGUUAGACUUUUUCUUUGCAUUUUUGUUUCAAGGAAAUUACCACCACAUUUCCUUCUCAAUGAACUUGUUUGAUUUUCACUUGGAAAGUGAGGGAUCAGAUUGUUGUGUGCAAAUGAUGUGUAGAAAACUCAAUUCACUCGAUGUGCAUAGUUGGUGUAUUUGUAAACACAAAACGUACCGUACACGAUGUACUUACAAAUUGCAAUUUGUAAGAUGUUAACAAUUUGGCAAAGAAUGAUUGGAUUUCGUUACUUCAUUAAACAUCUAGGAUUUAACACAUGCAGAGUUUUAAUUGGUGUUUUUACAAUACUUUUUCUCUGUGAAGAAUGUUUUAUUCCGUAAUAAUUUCGAUAGUUUCAUAAUAAUUGUGAGGCACUUGUACAGCACUUUCAAUGUGUAACAUGUCUCUGCUUCAGAAUUGUUGGCAUGAUUUGUAGCUUACUGCUUGCACUGCUUGGACAGUGCAAACACUGAAACAAUGACUCGAAUGCCCUGACAUUGUUGGGGUCUAGAAAAACCAGA